AUAGGUAUGAAAAAUUUAUUUCUACGUUGUACCUACCCCCUUGACGCUGUUAGAUCCGUCCAACAUGGCGACGUCCAUGGAAAGGUUGCGGGUUCUCCGUGGGCUGAUACGGGAAUUACGGCACGUACACAAGAAGGGCCCAGUGAAGGAAACCAUAGCCUACAACUACCUGAUGGAACAAUACCGCAAACAUCAGGUGACUGACCAGAGGGUGUGCCGGGCACAUCAGGAGCUACAGCGCAAUGCUGAGACGUACCUGUGUCUGCUGAAGAGCACCAGGUUGCAACAGGCUCUCCAUGACGAGUACUAUGGGAGACCAGAGAGGACAACAGAAGAGACGGCCAAGAUGCUCGGCUUUGAUCUCCCUCAGAACCCACCUGACAAAUAAACACACCUGUGGUAGUCUGUAAAUAUGGAGUUAGGACAUUACAUGCACCCUUGCAGUGUACUGGUAUGUUGCUGAGACAGAGUCAAAAUCUCAUGCUGCCAAGGUGGACUGUUAAUACCUGUAAUACUAUAACGGGUAUCUUACAUUUACAGCUAGGUGUACUGAAGGUAUGCCCAGUCUGGUUUGUCGUACCAGACAGGAAACAUUAAAGGCACUCUUCGUUAAUAGUAUUGUGAUCCCAGUCUGUAUGAAUAUGAAGUUAAUGUUUUCUGCAAUUGUCGUUGUAACUAUUAUACCUAUUGUUCAUCAUUAUUUCAUCAUCUAAUACAAGUAAACACCACAGCUUUAUUUGUGUUUUGGAUUACAUGGAUAAUUUUGCAAAUGUCAUAAGUUUGGAUUUUGGAAAGAAGUACAAACACCUGUAUUUUCCAAAAUAAAAGAAAUGUAUGAAGUCACAUACUUUAUCUGUUUGUUGAAUAUCAUAGA